AUGAAGACAACCAUCCUUUUCUCCACUCUCUUCGCCGCCACGGCCCUGGCCGGCUUCAACGUCCAACAACUCCCAAAGUCGUGGAGCCCUCUCGGGAAAGGCGAUGGAUCGAAGAUGCUUCUUGCGCGCGAAGACGGCGGCACGAGAGAUUGCCAAAACCACACCGACUGCAAAGGUAUUUGCGACAAUGAUCCCACCGGUUGUGGAGCCGGUCAGGAAGACUACUGCUUCGAUCCAAACAAGAAAUGCUACUGCAUUGCUCAAAAGAUCCCGGAACUCUGCGUGUGCCUCUACCCUCCCUCCAUCUUCGGACCACUCGCGGAUUCGUGUCGAAGGGGAGCACUUGGCACUGAUACUUUCUGCGUCUAUGGUUGCGGUGGCUUUGGAGUGCCCGGUAACGCAGGCUGCAACUCGGAGGGAGAUCCAUGCCUCAAGGAGUAGGAAUCUAUUGGUGGAGGAAGAUGUGCCUGAGCUCGCGCGACUUUUCGACAGCGACAGUGAUGCCAAUGGUCGAAACAAUUGGCCGAUAGUCACCAAUCUGCCUCAAUUGAAAUGUUGUGCGCUUUUCGCCUCUCAUCUGGUCCCGCAUUGCUGUGAGUCCCUUGCACCUGGUCUCUCUGCUGGUUCAAUCGUAUCAAUUGAUCAGAUCCUCUGUGAUGUGCUGGAUUCUUGAUGUUGCUGUGUGUGGGACAUCCAGAAAGACCCGAAUCUCAACUCUCUGCUUCCAGAGCCACCACUUCCGGCAACUCCCUCACAUCAACAACUCUCCUUUCCUCCAGAUCAACAAUCCUCAAUGCACCCAAAUCCAGCACCCCGACUUUCAGCGCCCGAAACUUCAACAUCGUGUCAAAGCAUGCCCCAGCAGGCAGCGGACUAAUCCUCACAUCAGGAUUCAGGUCGAGCACAUCCUGAGGUUUGAUGCGUUCAAGAGGCGGCGCAUUGAAGAUAUUGGCGAUCAAGUCC